AUGGCACAGAAUGGGCAGAAUGGAGCAGUUCCCGAACUUCCAGAAUCCGUCUCAAAGCCCCCUGAAGGUGUUGUCCUACCGCCCAAAGACAUAAGAGCAAUUAUCGAAAAGACGGCCGGCUACGUGGCGCGCAACGGCACUGUCUUCGAAGACCGCAUCCGCGACAAGGAACAGGCGAAUCCGAAGUUUUCCUUCCUCUCUCCCCACGAUGCGUACGCUCCUUUCUACCAAUGGCGACUGUCUGAGGUGCGGUCGGGACGAGGCACGGCCGUCUCUGCCGGAAGAGCAGGAGAUGCGACACCUGUGCCAGAAAAGCCAAAGGGCCCAGAACCGCCUCCAGAGUUUCAAUUCAGUGCGCGCAUGCCCAACAUCAGCGCUUUGGACUUGGAGGUGGUCAAGCUCACAGCUCUCCACGUUGCUCGCAAGGGUAAGGGUUGGAUGACCACCCUGUCACAACGAGAAGCCCGGAAUUACCAGUUCGACUUCCUGCGCCCGCAACACUCGCUUUACAAUUUCUUUCAGCGCCUUGUUGAUCAAUACACGAUUCUCCUUCAGACGGGGCCGGAAGGUCAAAAGGCAGAACAAGCCCGCAUUCAAGUCCUCCAGGCCAACAUUCAGGAUCGAUUUCGAGUUCUCAAUCUGGCAAAGAAACGGUCGGAAUACACCAAAUGGGAGGAGACCCAAAAACAGAAGAAAGAAGAGGCGGAAGAGGCCGAACGGAUAGCCUAUGCCCAAAUUGACUGGCAUGACUUCGUCGUCGUUGAAACAGUGCUGUUCACUGAGGCAGACGAGCAGGCCGAUCUUCCUCCUCCGACAACGCUGAAUGAUCUUCAGAGUGCAAGUCUCGAGCAGAAAGCGAUGAUGAGUCUAGCCAGACCAGAUAUGCGUAUCGAAGAGGCAAUGCCUACAGACGACAUGAGUGGUUAUGCAUACAACGACCAAUUUGGAGGAUACCCUCAAACGAACGGCUGGGCGCCCCCACCGGAAGCGCCUGCACCAGUACCGGCAGCAAUGCCAGCAUAUACUCCUUCUCCUAUGCCACAACAUCCCUCGCCAGCCGUGCCUCAGAUGCCGACACCCAUAUCAUCCUAUUCACCUGCUAUCCCUCCCGUGCCCUCUCCACAACCCCCAUCAGUCCCAAUGCAGCAACCGCCCCCUUCAACCGCAUCUCCUGCGCCAGCAGCACCGGGUCAACCUCCCAUGCGCAUCAAACAGGACUAUAUCCCUCGCGCCCAACAACGUGCUGCCACUGCUCGGGCCGCCACGGCCCUGUGUCCCAACUGCGGCCAGCAAAUCCCCAUCGCCGAGCUCGACGCGCACUUACGCAUCGAGUUGUUGGACCCGAGAUGGAAAGAGCAGCAAUCCAAAGCUGCGUCGCGGUUUUCGACCACGAAUCUGGGCGGCACGGACGUUGCGGCGAACCUGAAGAGACUGAGGGCUAGGACGGAUGGAGUCACUAGCGACCCAGUCGCGGAGGCGGCCGCGAGGGUCUUGGGCGAACAGGAGGAGGAGGAAAGGAGGAAAAGAAUGAAGCUCGAGGGGGGUGGUCCGCCCGUCGCCGCGGCCGCGCCAGCGCCAGCGUAUCCUGGCGCUGUAGGGGUAGGGGCACAGAACCCACCUGCGGGUGGACAGCAGCAUACCAUGGAUUUGCAGGAGCAAAUACGGCAGAUCCACAACAAGUACAAGUCGUGA